CUUCGAAGUGUAGAAUUUCCAGGCAAUAUUUUCAGCAGGGCGCGAGCGUCGGCUGGGCGAGCUGUCGCCUUCUUAUCCUGAAGCCUAAGGUCUGCCAUCUUCUCACAAGGAUCCUGGAGCAAGCUAGCUGGCCCGCGGCAUCUAGAGGCAGCACAGAUGACGACAGCGCAGGUUGGGGCUCCGGCUGGCAUUUGCCUGUCCUGCGCCUUCGCGCGGGGGCAGCGUUGUCUGGAUCGCACGGGCUUCUCUGAAGGUUCUCUCUUUACAAGCGCUAGAAAGGUUCCUUUGGGUCGGAAAAGCAGUCAGGAGUCUCGUCGCAAUGUGGGGGCCAAAGGCGCAAGGGCACAAGCCGAGAGCGCGGGCACUCGAAUGCUUUCUCAUGCAGCCGGCAUACAGGAGCAUGCGGCCAAAGCAAAGCGCGAGUCGGUGCCGAAAGCUGGCAAGAGUACGGACUUUAUGCGGUUCAAAGACAUGGGGGAGGCAGGGACUGAGCUCCAGACGGCCAUUGUGACAUACUCAAAAGAGGGGGAGUGGUGGGAGGGCCUUGUUGGAAGGCGGCCGCUCGAGGUGGACCUGGUUGCGUGUGUGCACAUUGCAGACAAGAGCUACUACCAGGGCCUGCAGGAGGAGUUUCAAAAUUACGACAGAGUGCUCUACGAGAUGGUAACCGACAAAGAGACGCAGGAGUUGAUCGAAGCCAUCGACCGGCCCGUUCAGCGCACAUCCCCCUCUCUCGAGACCACCCUCCGGCAGUACCAUGCCGCUCUAGAAAAAGGUCUGAAGAUCCACGAUCUAGCGGGGAUGGAGCUCGGGAAAAGGGCGAUCGAGUACGGAAUCGUGACCAAGGCGCAGAUUCGACGGGCCCAGCAGCGACAGCGGCGAAGCUGGAAGGUGUUGAUCGUGGGGUACCUGCAGAAGACGAUGGCAUGGGCGCUGAACUUGGAUUUCCAACUGACGGAGAUGGACUAUGAGCAGCGGCAUUGGACGAACGCAGACAUGGACUACAACCAGUUUAUCAAGAUGCAAAAGGAGCGCAAAGAGGGCCUCUUCAGCUUCGCCAAGACCAUCAGCGCCGCUAGCCGCAAGAUGCCCUGGGGGAACCUCCCCGAGGGCAUUUCCGCCUGGAAGUCUAAACUGCUCAUGACCGCCCGGUUCCUUCCGAUGCCCCUCGUCGGACUGCUGCUGAUCGAGGGCGUGUGCGCGCCUGAGAGUGCGCGCCUCGGGGGAACGCCGGAGGUGAAAGCGCUCCUGGACCUGGACCUGGCGGCCGCGAUGAAAGUCACGCUGGCGCGCCAGCUCAGCAACGACAUGUUCAAACAGUUCGAAGACGCCAGCGACGACGUCAGGAGCUCCGUCAUCAUAGGCGAACGAAACGCCGUUGCGUUGAAAGAGUUGGAACGAGCAAUCGCUCGGGGCGACCGGCGGAUUGCCAUCUUUUACGGCAGCGCCCACUUGCCCGACAUCGAGGACCGCCUGCUAACCGAGUUUGGGUUAACGCGAACCAAGACGCAGUGGCGGACUGCAUGGCGGAUGACCAACCGGGCGGACCCGCUUUCCAGCGGAAUCGACCCCCUGGAAAAGAUUCUAUCUGACUUGCGCGCGCUGUCGAAUUGGCCGCUCAACCGGUCCCAGACCGCAGCCAUGCUGCUGAUUUCGUUGGCGCUGGCGACCGAUCUGUAUUUUUGGGAGUUGAUGAUUGACUUUGCUGACGAGCAACUCAGCGAGUUGCUGCCGAUGCUGGCGCGGGGGAUCAAUUCGUGGGUGCCCAUGUUGCUUGACAGAAUGUCGAGCUUCCGGAUAUAGAGCUAGCUUUAGAUCUAAGAAGACAUUGAGCAGGAAGCGGCCCUGCCGCACGAUGUGUUGCGGGUCUGGCGUUCAUGAUAGUCGUCGUGUCAUGGAGUCAGGACGUUUUACAGAUUGCAUUGCAUUCUGCGCACUUGUUUCGUGGUAGCGCACCGUCGCAUGCCAGUGUAUAUAUAGCAUAGAGUAUUGGACCAGAUCAAUUGCUACUCAAAGCUUUCAUUGAUUCGGCAAGGAGCGACUCACUGCAUGACUGAGAGUCUUCUCUCAAGAAGUGACUUUGAGGGUAAACAUUGGCAUGCUAAGCUGAUUUUCCAUGGUCUUAGGCUGCUCUUAUCAAUGUCCGUUGCCCGAAGCCCGAAGCCGGUCGUCUGAUGUGUCGUUGCUAGCUCUUUAAUUCAACGCAAUUCGAAAGCAC